CUGCGCGUCAACGCUUGUGCGCAGUAGCCGAAAAGGGGAGCAAGCAUGAUUGGCAGCGUGUUGUUUUAUUGGCUUUAUCCAUUAGCCCGGUAUUUGUUGUCGGGUCGAUCCUCAGAAAUCACAAAACCUGGUAUUUCCAGGUCUUGUAUCACUGGCAAGCAGGCGUGUGAAGGCCCUGAUGUGCCACCAAGCAGCAGUAUGAAGGGGGAAAAACCGGAAUAUGCACAGGAAGACCAGGGGUAUCAAAGAACGACCAUAAAUGGAGAACAGCCCAUAACUGGGCUACAUGGAAAACUUGAGAUGGCAGAAAAGAGUGUAGGGACGGGUAAAGAAAUGCUCUUGGACCAUUGGGAUCUCCCGCUCCGACGCAUGCAAGCGAAAACACACCUACACCACCAGGUCUUUGAUCUGAAUCUGAAUGAAGUCAAGCCAGCCCAGACCUCAAGCUCGGCGCAGCACCCCGAUGCGUUGAUGGAGGAUACCUCGACUCGAGUCAUUACAGAAGGCCGUACCGCUCCAGUUGAAUCACUCACACCUGCUGGCCUUGAGGAGCCUGAGGUCCCAGAAGUCCAGGCGCCAUUUCCAAUCCGGGAAUGCUGGGAUGAAUACACAGAAAACAUGUUGGAUAGAACGGAGAAGUGUGUGUUGGACCUACGGUCCCUGCUCUCUGACGUUCAGAACCACAGCGCCGACGAGCGGCAGGAGGAGACGGAGCCAGAGGAGAGCUGGGGUCCCCAGACCUGUUGGCACAUACCCACAGGUCCAGGCCUGGCAGACGUGGCUCACUGCCCGCUGUUGGAGUUCCCCUCCAUGAGCUACUACCCCCCAUGCCAGCACACACAGCCUUUAGAGGUGGUUUGGAGAGUCUGGGAGGAAGUGAACGCGGGCCACAAAACAGCAGUGGAUCCUGUUCAGUGUGCCUCUUUUGACUUCAGCGUCAUGUCCUACAACAUCCUGUCCCAGGACCUUCUGGAGGCCCACCAGGAGCUGUACUCCCACUGUCCACUAGAGGGGCUGGACUGGAGCAACCGCUACCCACUGCUCCAACAGGAAAUCCUUAAAUGGUUGCCGGACAUCAUGUGUCUCCAAGAGGUCCAGGAGAACCACUACAAGGAGGAACUGCACCCCUUCCUCGCCGAGAUAGGCUAUAAAUGUGUGUACAAGCGGCGAACUGGGACCAAGACGGAUGGCUGUGCUACCUGUUACCGCGGCGACCGCUUCUCUGAGGUCUCAGCCACCAGUCUGGAGUACUUCCGGCCAGAAUCUGAGCUCCUGGACCGGGACAACGUGGGCAUUGCUCUGCUGCUCCAGCCCGUCCUCCCCUCGGGGUCGUCUGAGGGGCCCAUCAAAGCCCCUUCAUGCAUCUGCGUGGCCAACACUCACCUGCUGUUCAACCCCCGGAGGGGCGACGUGAAGCUGGCCCAGCUGGCCAUCAUGCUGGCAGAGAUCCACGCCCUGGUCAAGGCCAGCAAGAGCAGAGGUCAGCGAUGCAAUGCCAUCUUGUGCGGGGACUUCAACGCUGUUCCCCGUAUGCCCCUGUAUCAGCUCAUCACCUCGGGCCAGCUCCACUACCACGGCCUCCCUGCCUGGAUG